AUGACCGAGCCGCCUCCACUCCGUCGGAACUCAAGGCGACGAGCCGGCGAAGAGGAGAAUGACGCGAUCGACCUGGAUGCCCAACAGAAUGAUGGAGCCACAAACUCGCAACAAAACGGCUCGGCUCGGCGAAUAAGCCAAAAGGAGCUCGCCUCGGCAUUAAACGGCGUCCGGACUGACGAAAGCACCGAUCCGGCUCGCGGCGACAACCUGACUGAAGAAGAAGAAAACCUCCAAUGGAUCGAGCAGGCGGAACGCGAAGAUGAGCCGAGGAGAAAAGAGCGGGAGCGACUCCCCCAAUCAAAGGGAAUGACACACGCGCAAACCCUCGAAAUCAAAGAGCUGCGAGCCUCAAUGGCUCGGACAGUAGCCGAGAUACGCGCCAUGAAGUCUCAAGUGCAUAACGCGACGAGUGCUGCGCUCGAGAUCAAUCAGAUGCUUGAAGAAACCCAGAGAACACCAUUCACGGCGAGAAUCACGGAGGCUAGGAUUCCCGAGCCAGGGAAGGUGAGAAUCCUGUUUUAUAAAGUAACGACCGAUCCGAAAGCGCACAUCACGGCGUUUCGGAUAGCGAUGGGACGAGCUUUAACAAAGAUCGCUGUCAAACUGACCGAGCGGGAAGUAGAUGCCGGAUAUUGUUUGCUCUUCGUGGAACAUCUCAAGGGAGCCGCGCUCGAGUGGUUUUCGAGGCAGGAGCGCAAUUCAAUCGGCAGUUUCCAACAGCUCUCCGCCUUGUUCCUUAAACAAUACUCGAUGUUUAUGGACAGAGGAACUUCUGAUGCUGACCUGUGGAUGCUAUCCCAAGGACCGAAUGAACCACUUCGGGAUUACAUGGCAAGGUUCAAGGCGGUCGUAUCCAAAAUAGAAGGAAUACGCGACAAGGCUGCACUCGAAGCUCUGAAACGGUCUUUGUGGUACAAAUCCGAAUUCCGACGGGAGAUGGCACUCAACACGCCACAAACGAUUCAAGAUGCCUUGCAUCGGUCAUCAGACUUCAUCGUAAACGAGGAAGAGAUGAAAAAUCUGGACGAGCAGUACGAAGCAACGAAAGCAGCGAUCCGAAGCUCAAUUUUGACGCGCCCCACGAAGAAAGGCAAUCCAUCAAACAACGCAACAACGCAGAACUCGGACGAACCUAGUAGCGGAGGUGCCCAUAACUACUAA